AUGGAGACUAAUUUAUUCAACCUUGAUGCCAAAGAAAACAAUAUUUCCAACAAUACACCGCCUGAUUUAUAUAAAUACAGUACUUCAUCAUUCAAAGGUGAUUGUCGUACUUCUUUGAAUUCUGAUUUAAACUCCAGUUUGAGACCUUCCAAAAAGAAACAAAUUUCAAACAAAACCAUUAGAAAGUCCAACAAGAGCCAAAACAAAAUCACAACUCGCAAACCUAGCAAACUUAAAUCAUUGUCACGAGAAGUUUUCGUCUCCCCAAUCUUGGUAGAAUCAAACAACAAAUCGGUCGGUUACACUCCCACGAAAACCGAGUUUUAUGGAUCAGCUGAAAAGAAAGAGGAUAGUAUGGAUGUAAUGGAUCGUCUAUCACCUUUAUCAUCAUUUCAAGCAGACGAGCUUAAUGAUGGCUCGGCACGUGCAAAUAAUAUAUCGAACAAUUCCAACUCAAACGGAGACACAACGAUAAAUGAUCGCGACUCGUCAGAUUCUGGAAUCCCAGAAUUGGAAGGAAUCAACUAUUCACAAAUAUACACCAAUACAUCUCUAGACGUCGUGAAUGAAAUGGAUCUGAACACAACAAACGACCAGGAUUUAGGAGGCCAAAACACAAACUCAUCGCAGCCCUACGAUCUUUUGCAAAAUAUGCACUACGACACAAACACCGCAAGCCAACUCCUGUCAAACUCAGCAAAUUUUAUCAACACAGAGAACAAUUUAGGAGAAGACGUAAACGUAAAUGGAGUUGACCAGUACAGCAGUCCAUAUUUAUACCAAUACACACCGAGUGUCGAGGAGCAGAACGGAGAUGAGUAUAUAGAUUACGACGGAGACAUGAGAUACGUCGACAACGUAGAUUACAUGCUCAAUAACGGAAUAGAUUACGUCAUGGAUUCUAACUACACACACGAAAACACGAACCUGGAAACAAAUAAUUACGACUCAAAUAACGUGUUCAUUAAUAAUUUGGACAACCUCACGCAAUCACAAGAUCAGUUGUCGAACACGCACACCGUGAGUAAUUUCCCACACAACAACAUGGAGGACAUGGUCAUAAUAGAUGACUUGAGCAACGACGCAAAGAACGAUUUGGUGAGAAACAACAGCAUCAAUGUCCUGAUUGAGAAUUCUGAGAAAAAAUUCGACGAAGGGGUCAUGAGUAGCAUAUUGCGAGACCUCAUAUGCCCAAUUUGCCUGGAAUAUUUCUACUUCCCAGUCACGGUGGCGUGCGGACACACUUUCUGCAGAUAUUGCAUAGGACACUCAAAGUUGACCGGGAAGAUGUGUCCACUGUGCCGACAACCAGUGGGAAGGAGUUUGAACAUAAACACAAUAUUGUCAAAUCUGGUUAAGAGCCUGAAGCUCAGGAAAAGAGGCCGCACAACUCUUUCAACGGUGCCAGAUAUAUCCCAAGCUGCGGAGAAGAUUUGGUGGGAUGAACACUGCCUGAAACCAUUCGUGUCAGUGCCGCUUUUCAUACGCAUCAUGUUCGGCGGAAUGACCCAGGCACCAGUGUUUUUCGACGAUUUAUGCUCCUGUCUGAUCGAUUACUUCAACACAGGAAACAAAUGGUACAAGUCGAAGUGGGUUUUCACAAUAGAGGACUUCAGACUAAUAAGGAAUUUAAUAGGCCUACAGCUUGUCAGCCCCACGAGCGAACAGACUGAGACAACACCAGUGGACGUUUCUGCAAUCAACGACUCGAACAACGUAAGGCUACACCACUGGGUCGAGGAUUACCUGAUAUCAAACCCCCAACUUUGUUUCAGAAGUGACAACAUCUACCCACUAACCCUGAAGGUGUACCACGACAUGAACCACAAGAUCGAAGGAACAGUAUUCAGCGCCUUGGAUAUACCUUACAAACUACCCUGGGAUGCAGGGAGACACGUUAAAUCACUUUUGCACUUCCCACACAGCUCAGUUUCGCUCUCUCACCUUAUUUUUGCCCAGUGCCCUGAUGGACGUUUUGGAAUUUUGGAUGUCGGAAGCACAAUUGGAACGAUGAUUAAGAUCCAGGGAGUCCACGUGUUACAGUCUGGAGACAGGAUCCACAUUGGAGAUAAGCACGAAGUCGACGUGUACAUUUACAAGGACUCGAUAGGAACCCCUUUCAAAGACUACAAGUGGGACGCAAACACAAACCAGGUUAUUAAUUACGCUGAGUAUUUGAGUUCUCAACAGAACGGGGAUCAGAACGAGAACAAAGACCACAUGCCGGCGAAAGGAGGUGAAAACUCAGAUAUCGAGGUUGACAUGGAUCCUAACUUUAGUCAUUUGAACCCUAAUUUGGGUCAUAUGGAGCCUAAUUUCCAGGAAAUGGGUUCAAAUUUGCAAGAUUUGGAUAGUUACUUGAAGAUUAAGAUAUUUGCAGAUUUACAAGUUGAGAGAGAUAUGUGGAUUUGCCCCAAAGGAGUGAUUCUAGGGCGCGGACCUGUGACUCAGUCUUCCUAUAAAAAGUUGUCAAUAACGACACAGAACGGCUACAUAUCGAGGGAACACUGUCUGAUAUACUAUGAUGGAAGCAGGCCUUCAGGAAGUAGAUGGUUGCUUAGAGACAUGAGCACUCUUGGCACUUUUCUCAAGCUAAAGCCGUUCCAAGAGCCACUCCCAGUGUCUCCAGGAUUUGUAUUCAAGGUUGGUCAGUGCAAAGUUGAAGUAGGGUCGCCUCACGAGCUUUCACGCAGAGUUCCGUCAUCAGCCAUGCUCAUAAUGUCACAACUGCUCCAGUCUCACAUCGAACCUAACAGACUCGUAGAGAUUCAGUCGAAUCUAAACGUUAACCUGGCGAAUCCGAGGAACAACCCACUCAACCUUCCAGAUGUUGCAAGAUUUGAAAGGGAGCCGUACAACGCUCUCGACCACCACCUGUAUCACCCAGAGGGAACUCAAAACCACCCGGCGUACCACGGUGAAGGUAACCAGGAGGCAAACUCGCGAGGCCAGACUCAGGAAUUGCCUGGAGAUGUAAAUCUCAGUGGACAAGUCGUACCAAACGUCUUGAGAGACGACGUUGCUUAA